UAGACUCCAACCUUCUCUUAUCUGAGUUGCUCGCCUUAGUUUGUAAAUCAGUUCCAUUAACCUUGCUUAACAAUUCUGCGAUGGCAAGGAGCAAGGGAAAUCCCCAAGUCCUUAUUGUGAAGCAUAUAAUCAGAGUCCUCUGUAGGUUUGUCAAUUCCAUUAAGGCAAAUGGGUAUGCACUUUCUUCAAAGAGUAGAAUACAUUUUAGCUCAAGAGAUGAGUUCUUGAACGGAUCGUGUGGUGGCCUCCCUGCUGAUAUCCCAAAGAGGCACUGUUCAGUGUAUGUUGGCAGCGAACAGUCUAGGUAUAUUAUCCCCACAAAGUAUUUGAAUCAUUCUCUAUUCAGGGAAUUGCUAGAUAAAGCCGAAGAGGAGUAUGGUUUUGAUCACCAGAUGGGACUUACAAUUCCCUGUGAGGAGGUUGCUUUCCAGUAUCUGACGUCCAUGUUGAGAAAAAGGAUGUAUGAACUCAAAGUUUUUCAUCCCUGAAGAGAAAUAGAUCUCAUUGUUUUGAGGUCUGAGGAGCGUCUCCUGCCUAGAGCUGGUUGAAGCAAAAGCAGGGGCUUCACAUGGAACGGGCCAGCCUGUGUACAGUUUUGGGCUGAUGCCCGGUUGACACUGUUCUAGAUAAUUAGAAGCCAUAAUAAUGUAUAUAUUUUAAACAACACUAAAUAUCUAAGGACUCGUCAUUAGACUUUAUAUUUUUCUUUUGACACUGUUCUUCAAUUUUUGUUUA